AUGGCGGCAUUGCGGCGGUUACCGCCGGGAUACGGCUUCCGCCCGACGGACGAGGAGCUGGUCCAAGGCUACCUGCGGCGGAAGGUGGAGAACCGCCUCGCGGACCACCACGCUGGGCUCAUCGCUGGGGUCGACAUUCUCCGCUACGAGCCGUGGGACCUGCCCGACCAGUCGCCUCUCGAUGCCGGCGAGUGGUACUUCUUCUACACGCUCGAGAAGAAAUAUCCGGACGGCUCGCGCGUGAAUCGCGCCACGCCGAGAGGGUACUGGAAGUCGACCGGCAAGGACAGGCGCGUGUGCAGCUCGCGCACGUCGCGACAAAUCGGUUCCAAGAAGACGCUCGUGUUCAAGAUGGGGAGGGCGCCACGUGGCGAUCCGACGGAGUGGAUGAUGUAUGAGUACCGGCUGGAGCCCGCGGUGGACUUGGUGCUGGGCCGCUUGUUCAAGAAGCCGCCUGCUGCGAGCGCUGCGAGCGAGCCGCCUGCUUCGAGCGAGCCGCGUGCUUCGAGCGAGCCGCCUGCUGCGAGCGAGCCGCCUGCUGCGAGCGAGCCGCCUGCUUCGAGCGAGCCGCGUGCUUCGAUCGAGCAGCUGAUGGACGUUCUGGAGCUCGAGGAGGCCGACCUCGACCAUUCCGCCGCGCCGCGUGUGCCCGUUGCCGUGCCUGAGAGCGACGUGGAUCUGGACACAUUCUGGGAGAACAUUUAUCGGCAAGCUGUGUCGGCUGCGGGCGCGGCGGGGGGCCACGUGGCGGAGCAUGGGGCCAGCAACGUGACAAGCCAUGUGGCGGAGCACGGGCCGGGCCACGUGGCGGAGCAUGAGGAGAGCCACGUGGCAGAGGACGACGAGUGGUUGUACUCGGAGCUGCCGCCGCUUGAUCUCCCCGAGGGCUUCUUCGUCGACGACAGCCACGCCGCCCUCCCCGCCGCUCCCCCCGCUCCCACCGCUUUUGCUGCCCCGGGUGCGCCUGGUGCGCGUGCGAUGGCGGCGCCCGAUGGUUUCGCGCCUGCUGGCGCAGUGCUUGGAGUGGCAGAGCGGGGAGCACCCAGAGCAGCGACCGCAUCGGCAGUACCCUCGAGGCCGGCGGCGUCCGCGCCCAUCCGGCCAGCGCCCCUGCAACCAGCGCCCCUGCAACCAGCGCCCCUGCAACCAGCGCCCCUGCAACCAGCGCCCCAGCAACCAGCGCCCCUGCAACCAGCGCCCCUGCAACCAGCGCCCCUGCAACCAGCGCCCCUGCAACCAGCGCCCCUGCAACCAGCAGGCGCAACCACCUUCGCAGAGGCCCUCGCAGCGCGGGCGAAGGCCAGAGCGGCACAAGGUGCCGCCGCCGCCGCCGCCGCCGCAGCAGCAGCAGCAGCAGCAGCAGCAGCAGCAGCAGAGAGAGGCUUUGCACCGCUCGCGGCCGCUCCCUUCGCCGUCGUUCCCCUCGCAGCCGCUCCUCUUGCCUUCGUUCCCCUCGCAGCCGCUCCUCUUGCCUUCGUUCCCCUCUUUGUCGCUCCUGUCACUGCCGCUCCCCUCGCUGCCGUUCCCCUCGCCGCCGCUCCCCUCGCCGUCGUUCCCCUUGCUGCCGCUCCCCUCGCCACCGCUCCCCUCACCGCCGCUCCCCUGGGCGGCACACGUGCGAGAGCAACGGGCUGGGCGAAGUCGAGGCCUGUGCGCGCAGCUGGUGCCGUCAUGCACGGGCGGCGCAUGCAGACGCUCAACACGCCGCAGCUGGCGGGUGGCAGCAGCGGAGUGCGCCUGGCGAGCACCGGCGGUUGGAGCAGCGGCACGCCGUCUCGGAAUCUGAGCGCGCGCCCUGCACCUCACGCGCGCCCUGCACCUCACGCGCGCCCUGCACCUCACGCGCGCCCUGCACCUCACGCGCGCCCUGCACCUCACGCGCGCCCUGCACCUCACGCGCGCCCUGCACCUCACGCGCGCCCUGCACCUCACGCACAGUUGCAUCUCGCAGAGGCCGAUGGAAGUGUGGAUGAUGAGGACUGUCUCAUGGGUGCGCAAGAGUGGGCUAGGGGGAUGGAUCAGCAUGAGGGCAUGGUAGCAGCAACACCCGUAGCAGCAACACCCGUAGCAGCGUUUGAUGGGCGGGGUCUGGAUUCGCGCAUGGAGCUCAGCGCCGUUGCAGACGUCACAAGGCAUUUCAGUGUGGACGACCUGGACGGACACGGGGCUCGCAUGACACACCACGCUGCUGCCAAUUCUGCUGUGGCAGACGGUGCGUUUGGUGGUCCUGCUGCUGGGCCGCCAGGUGCGUUGUGUGUGGUAGGCCAAGAGGAGAGAAGGGUAAGGAUACUGCCCGUACCGCAUGAUGUUGCGGUAGAGGCCGGUGCGGUAGAGGCCGGUGCGGUAGAGGCCGGUGCGGUAGAGGCCGGUGCGGUAGAGGCCGGUGCGGUAGAGGCUGGUGCGGUAGGGGCUGGUGCGGUAGAGGCUGGUGCGGUAGAGGCCGGUGCGGUAGAGGCCGGUGCGGUAGAGGCUGGUGCGGUAGAGGCCGGUGCGGUAGAGGCCGGUGCGGUAGAGACCGAGGCUGGUGCGGUAGAGGCUGGUGCGGUAGAGGCUGGUGCGGUAGAGGCUGGUGCGGUAGAGGCUGGUGCGGUAGAGGCUGGUGCGGUAGAGGCUGGUGCGGUAGAGGCCGGUGCGGUAGAGGCUGGUGCGGUAGAGGCCGGUGCGGUAGAGGCCGGUGCGGUAGAGGCCGGUGCGGUAGAGGCCGGUGCGGUAGAGGCUGGUGCGGUAGAGGCUGGUGCGGUAGAGGACGGUGCGGUAGAGGCCGGUGCGGUAGAGGCCGGUGCGGUAGAGGCUGGUGCGGUAGAGGCCGGUGCGGUAGAGGCCGGUGCGGUAGAGACCGGUGCGGUAGAGACCGGUGCGGUAGAGGCUGGUGCGGUAGAGGCUGGUGCGGUAGAGGCUGGUGCGGUAGAGGCUGGUGCGGUAGAGGCUGGUGUGGUAGAGGCUGGUGCUGUAGAGGCUGGUGCGGUAGAGGCUGGUGCGGUAGAGGCUGGUGCGGUAGAGGCUGGUGCGGUAGAGGCUGGUGCGGUAGAGGCUGGUGCGGUAGAGGCUGGUGCGGUAGAGGCUGGUGCGGUAGAGGCUGGUGCGGUAGAGGCUGGUGCGGUAGAGGCUGGUGCGGUAGAGGCUGGUGCGGAAGAGGGAGGUGCGGUGGUGGAAGAGGGAGGUGCGGUGGCGGAAGAAGGAGGUGCAGUGGUGGAAGAGGGAGGUGCAGUGGUGGAAGAGGGAGGUGCAGUGGUGGAAGAGGGAGGUGCAGUGGUGGAAGAGGGAGGUGCGGUGGUGGAAGAGGGAGGAGUGUGUGCUGGUGCUCGUCCCAUGGCAGAUCUCAUCACACAGUCUGCUUGGAAAACACGCACGCAGCGCCACCUGUGGCAGCAGUACCUGCCCCAGAGGAGUUGGAUGGAUGCGUGGCAGCAAGGGGCGAUUGAGAGAGCUGGAUUAGCUGGAGCUGUCUUCCUGGAGUCUGCUUGCUCUGCUGCUGCGCCCGCUGGUGAUGGCAGUGAGGCGAUGGCCGCAUGA